AUGACCACAGCUCCUGUAAUGCCUCUGGUAGGGGGUGGAGGCUCAACUGAAGUCAGUGAGAAUGUUACUGGUGCAGGUUCUCAUUGUGGCUUCAAUUUGGUCAUAUGGAGCUGCAGAACUGACACAAGAUCAACUAUCCAUCACAAGGAAACCAAAGAAAACAAUGGAGAGGCCCAAGUACUGGUACAAUCUCAACUAUCCAUCACCAAAGCAGAAGAUAGAACUGCACGAAUUGAUUGUCAUGUUUCUGGCAUAAGCCUGAGUAGUGCUUAUAUGCACUGGUAUCGACAGAGACCUGAUGCAGCUCUGGAACGGAUUCUCUAUUUUUCAUCAGGAAAACCCGUCUUUGACCAGGAUUCUGAGAAGGGAAAGUUUGAGGCAGAGAAGCAGCUCUCCAAGUCAACCUGUACCCUGACAGUAAAGAAAACAACAACGAGUGAUUCAGCUACCUAUUACUGUGCUGCUUGGGAUCACACAGCAUUAAAAAACCAUUCACAUUCUGUACAAAAACCUACUUUGUAUUCUCAACUACAGUCUUUCAAAUAUAUAAAACCACAGCUACCUCCUAAUCCUGCUUCUCAUGAUAGAACCAGACCCAGAAACCCCUUACUGGUUUCUGCAACAAGAGAUAAAAAGCAACAGAACUGUUGCUCUCACAAAUUUUGCAAACAAGAAGAUCCCACCUGUGUCUGCCAAACAAACAAUAAGACCACGUAGUUGCACAGGACAGCUACAUAUUCCAGAGCACAUGAAACUAGACUAGCAAUGUUAUAACACAUUUUGACAUUAGCAGAGCAGAAAGAGGGAAAACAUUUUUAACUAUUUAAUUAGCAUUUGACCUGCGAAGAGCUUGUUAGUCCAGGAGAUGCCUGCUCAUAAAAC